UCAAUAAAAAUAUAUAAAGCAAUAGGUGAAGUUAAUAGAUAUUAGGUAAAGCUAGAAGAUAGAUGACAGGGAGUCAUUCUUCCAAUCAAACUGAUGAUGUCACUGGAGAAAAGAAGGUCAGUUGGAACCUGCUGUCCGGCAGUUACCAGAAGCUGUUGCUAGGCAUAGGAUACUCAGGAGCUGCCCCAGAGCAGCCAACAUCACGUGUCCAGGCUUGGGUACUGGCGACACAGGACGCCUUGGUUACUGCCGAAGUGGCCCAAAAUGGAGAAGGACAAGUCCCCACAGUUGGUGACUCCUGCAUCAGUGAAAGCCAUCAUCUCGAGGAUUGAGGCCGCCCAGCUAAGUCGGGCUCAAGAGGAUAUCUCUUCCCAGCUCGCCGAAAUCUUGGACAAUGUCAAUUGUGUCAUCAACCGCUUCCAGGAAGAAUUGGGAUAUGAUUUAAAAGAAAAAGCAAAAUCUCGCAAGAUGCAGCAAAAGGGCAAGAAAAGAUUCAUCUUGUUGGAGAAAAUUGCCUCCUUCUCCAAAGAUGCGAAGACUAAAGAGAAGCACUUAUAUGAAAUUCUCCACUGGCUGGGUGACUGGGGUGACAAUCUGACCUAUGAGAUCAGUAACAGGCAGAGUGAGAAGGAAGAGGAAGGCCUGGACGAAUGGAUUGAGGUGAUGGAAAAAUUGUUACCUCUCUCCCUCAUCAGCACCCAAGGAGGCAUCGAAUCUCUCAUUUCCCUUUGCUCCACUCUCAUUGAAGGACAAAAGAAAAGGGCACAAAUGUCCAAACAUACAUUCUGGCAAGGCUGGCAGAAACAAAACCUACAAAAAUCGACAUCCUGCCCUCAGCCACUGAGCCCAGAACAGAUGCUCCAGGACAAGAAUACUACCUGUGUGAAGGUUUCUGAGGUGAGGUCCAUGCUGCAGGAGCUCCUGGACUCCACCAUGUUCAACCAGGGAGAAGUCAGGGCCAUCAGGUACAUGUCUGCUGUGAUGGAGAACCUCAACAGGGCCUUGAUCCUCCAGGACAAUGAGAACAGGAGCCUGGAGACCAAAUACAAGCAACUGAAAAUAGAGAUGACCAAAGAACUCAGCAGCCAGAGGCUGGACUUCCAGAACUCCCUCCAAACCCUUGAGAAUAAGAGGGAUGCCCUAUUAAGGCAGGUAGAAACUCUAGGGGGAAAGUACCAUGACCUUCUCCUGAUAAAUCAUGACUUAGAGUUUCAGCUGAAGAAGGCUCAGUCUGCUAGAGGUCAAGCUGACACUCUGGGCCCACUUGGGAAAGAGGCUCUCCCAAAGAAAGAAUCAGCUAUGGAGGAAACCCAACAGGAACCCAGGAAGGAGGAGCCGUUAUUUUCGACGCUUUCCCCAAGCCCCAUGGCCAGUGCUGGGGAAAGUGGUGCUAGGUCUUUAACACGUCAGCCACUUUCCCUCAUGACUGUGCCUUCGAGGAUUGCAGAUGCAUACAGCGGCAGGGAUGCUGAGAGUCUUCAGCUGGUGUUUCCAUCCUCAGUGGAUCACAAGAAAUGGGAAAUAAUGUUGGCAGAGAGCCCAGGCCACAAAGUCAAAGACCAGAAGGACUUCUUCCAGGAAGCAGCCCAGGAGAAAGAAGGACUCCAAAUUAAGUCCCAUGUUAGGGAGCAGCUGUCUCCAGAGAGCUCUAGGAUGGUGGCCUUGGAGAGCAAGGGGGAGCACUGGGAAGAGGAACUCAGCUGGGAGAGGCGGAGGCAGCAGUGGCUGGAGCAGGAGGAGCUAUGGCUGCAGCGGCAGCAGAAGUGGGCCCUGCUGGAGCAGGAGCACGAGGAGAAGCUGCGGCAGUGGGCGGUGCAGGAAGCAGCAAAGGAGCAGCAGGAGAGAUUGGUCCAGCCGGAAAAGGGGGAAGGGGGCCCUCGGAGAGAGCUGGAGCAGCCAGGCAAGGAUGAGGAGAUGAUCUUCGUGACCACCAAUCGAUGGAGGGACUUGGAGAAGGCAUCACCGCCCCCUCCCCCAAGCCGAACCCAAUCUGCUGGCCAAGGUAGGAGGCCACACUUGCCCAGGUCCCCUAAUACCUGGAAGUCUGCCCCAGGAUAUCAGAGGGUUAAGAGUUCACCCGAGUUAACCCUGAAAUCAUGGACCCAUCGGGUCCCCACAAAGAUCAAGAAAUCAGCCUCUGUUCCUGGCACAAGGACAUCCGUCCAAAAGGCGACCCAGACCCCUUUGCAUACAUCCUCCGAGACUCUACACAAGAAGGAAUACCACAUGGGUGUGGAGGCCCAGAGGAAAAACCUGCAGAUCCUGAGUGACAAUGCUAAGCAGGGGCUGCCCAACCACCUGUGCAGCGAGGCCCUGAAGCUCACCACUACCACCAUGGAACUGACCAAACUCAGGCUGCAGAGCCUGUGCCAUAAAUACAUCAUCUACAGAUGCUUCCAGAGCCUCCGACAAGAAGUGAUCAGCCACAUACAAGCCAUGCGGGAAACCGGGGCUACCUACAAGGCCCAGAGUCUCUACGUCUUCCUGGAGAAUAUCGACCACCUGCAGGACCUGCGCCUGAAGGCCUGGACGGACAAGCAGAAGGACCUGGAGAAGAAGCGCCGAGAGUGCCUGAGCAGCAUGGCAACCAUGUUCCCCAAGCUCAAGCUGGAGUGGAACAUUCAUCUGCACACCCCUGAGGUCACCUCCCCAAAUUCAAGGAAAAGCAAGCCGCCCCCCUCCUUACUCCGGCGUGUCCACUCUAGCAGCCCCUUCUGCAAGCAGCCACCAGAGCAUCUUUCAUCCAAGAACCAGAAAUGUAUGCCUCUGCAGAUGGCCCGCCCACGGAGGAACCAGAUGGAGACUGUUUGGAAGACUGAUGUGGCCUCCUCCAGUCACCCAAUAGAAAAGAAGACCCCUGUCAACCUGUCCUGGAACCAGAUAGGGGGGUGCCCAGAUGUCCCCCGGCUAUUGGCAUUGGAUGUGCAUUCCUCCUACCACAAAAGCUUGAUGACCCUCAAGGCCUGGUACGGGGCAAGGCUGGGUGGUUAAUCUGGAUUCAGGAAGAUCUGAACAUCAAGGGUGGGGGCAAGAGUACACACUGUCUCUAUCCAUUGACCCAAGAUAUCUCUUUCCAAACAUUAACAAUGACCUAGUUUAUCAUGCCACAUCAAACAGAGCCAUGCUUGCCUGCCUCAUGAGCCAUCAGCUUGGGUCCCCACGCCAAUACCAAUCUAGUUUUCUCAAGGGACUCUCCAUGGAGUCUCAGACGAUCACUACAGAAGUCUUUCCUUCUACUUGUUUCCUGGGCUGCCCAUGAAUUGCUCAAGAGCCGUAUCUCACCCUAGGACUGGGGGUUGUUUUCAGAGAGUGAGAUGCAGAAUGGAUGGAUGAGGGAGACCAAGAAUCACAUGAUAAACCUGAGAUUUGGACCUGGGCCUGUCUUUGGCAUUGUCAUUUCCUUAAGGCCUUCAAGGACUGUCCCUGGGAAGAGCAGCUGAGAGGAGGGAGGCAGGAUUUAGCAGGCCAACAAUCAGCUUUUCUGGUUAGGAAGAUUGUACUCUCCUUUGCCUCUCUUGGCUUGAAGAUGUCACUACUGAAGACCUAAAGAUCUUUAAGCAGCCUUUCUCACUUUUUUGUAAUUGAUUGAUUGAUUUUUAGAGAGAGAGGAAGGAAGGGGGGGGAGAGAGAGAGAGAAAGAGAGAGAGAGAGACAUCAAUUUAUUCUUCCACUUAUUUAUGCAUUCAUUGGUUGAAUCUUGUAUGUGCCCUGACAGGGAAUUGAACCCACAACCUUGGCAAAUAGGGAUGGCAUUCUAACCAACUGAGCUACCUGGCCAGGGCUCAAGUAGCCUUUCUAGAUGACCAACUCCUCCUCUCCCCCCCGCAAAUUAAAUAAAUAAAUAAAUAAAUAAAUAAAUAAAUAAAAUACAUGGCCAAUCCCAGCUGCUUCCUGUGGCCCUGGCCCUGCCCCAAUUAAAGAUCUCUGACAGGGCCCUGGCCAGGUGUCUCAGUUGAUUGGAGCAUCAUCCUGACACCAGAAAAGGCUGUGGGUUUAAUCCCUGUGCAGGGCGUAUACAGGAGGCAACCAAUCAAUGUUUCUCUCUCUCCUCUCUCCCUUUCUCUCUCUCUAAAAAUGAAUAAACAUAUCCUCGGGUGAGGAUUAAAAAAGCAAACAAAGAACAAAAGAUCUCUGACAGGGAUAGGGCACUGAUGUCUGCCGGUCUAGACAUAACCAGACUAAGAGCUGUAACAUGCUGAUGCUGCUGCCAUCUUCCAGACAGGGACUUAGGUAAGACAGGGUAGCAUGGCAGCAUCAAAGAAGGCUGAGCCUUGGCUAGGCUUCCACUCGGAAGUGGGCCUGAGAGUCCCAACUGGACAUUAGCAUUAUAACCCACCUAGUACAUAGAUACAACUUCUGGAGAGUUUCCAAGGUGUGUGUGUGUGUGUGUGUGUGUGUGUGUGUGUGUGUGUGUGUGUGUGUGUGUGGUGUGUGUGAUUGUUAUUGUGAGUUUAUUUGGAUGUAGCACACACAAUUGAGAACAACCAAAACAGCACUGUGGCAGAAUGAAGUAAUCCAGAAGUCAAAUGAGGCCCCACCCCCCUGAGAUUUGGCUAAACUUGCCCAAGGCGGCCCCAUGGUGGGGUCUCUCCUGAGUCUCUUCUCUUCUCCCUCUACAUCCCUGCCACUGUCUGGGCUCUACUUGGCAUCUGUUUGAAUCGGAGGCUCCCAACCCCUUUGUUGUUCUCACACACAUAAAUGCAAGGUGCCACACAAAAAAAUGUAUACACACUUUAACAGCUGAUAGCUCAAUUUUGAAAAUGAAAUGUAUUUUAAUAAACACUGCCUUUAUCAUUACUCAAAGUGUGUGUAUAUAUUUUUGGCACAUCCUAUUUGUGCACAUAAAUAUCAAGGGUGCAUACUCUAUUUGACCCCAAGCAUUUAAUGAUGUUGGUAACUUUUGGAAAAUUUUAGGGAGUCAUGUGGAAAGGGAUUCACAGCGAACAACACCAAACAGCAGCCUCUCUUCUCCCUCUCUCUCUCUGGUAUAAUAUGCAGAAUUCAAAAACUCCUUCCUGUCUCAUGCAAAGCUGUUCCCGCCCACACCCAGGCCUCCCCUGGGAUCUCAGUUUCAGGCUUAAGCACUUAUCAAAAUAUUGUUCCCAGCAAAGACAGCUUUCCCUUUCUAGGGGAAUUUAGGUGAAUACAAUUUUCUUCCCCCCUUUCCAACUCUAUACAAGUUUAUUCACUUUCUCUCACUACCAGGUGUACAGGCAAAGCCCUGCUUCUUUGGUCUUCUUUAUCCACAUCCCAGGUUGGCACCACCUACCUGAGUGUCAGGCUGGUCCUCAAUCUUUCAGUGUGGGGGCUCCCUGCAUUGCCUUGGGAUCCUGUUAUUGUGCUAUGAGGAUC